AUGGGGCGCUACGGGAAACGGGUUACAACGAGCGAACCCUUCCCCACCCACGGUAGUCCCUGCAGUGCCAUUCACAUAGCGGCCAGACCUCUCCCCCACCCCUCGUCCCCGCCACCUCCCCACCACGGCAGUAGCCGCAGGAGGGGAGAGGCAGGGCAGAGGGUGGGGCUGCAAGGGCUCACGCGGCCACCCCCUCCACGCCACCUCCCCCCCCACUCCCACAUUCGCGGAAGGAAAGGCGACGGAAGAGGGGGGAGGGAUGGAGGGACGGCCGGCAGUGCGGCUGUGGCUGGCGGACGUCCCCCGUCACCCCCUUCCCCCUUUCCUCCCCCACACAGCGACUGCCGCUGCAAACGCACAGGGGCGGGACAGGUGAGGAAGCGCAAGGGGGUCACGACGGCCACUCCUUCCACACCACCUCCACAUUCACGAAGGUCUGUCGGCUUGCUUACUGGCGGGCUCACGGGUCCACUUGUUGGCGGGUUCACUGGCGGACUCGUUGGCGGGUCCGUCGGCGGAUUCGCUGGCGAGUCCAUUGGCGGGCACGGUGACGAGUCCGUCGACGGUUUGAUCGGCGGGCCUGUUGACUCGCGCGCAGGUGGGUCCGUCGACGGGCUUGCUGAUGCGCGCGCUGGCGGGUCCGCUUGCGGGCUUUCUGACGCUCGCGCUGGCGGGUCCUCUAGCGGACUUGCAGACAAGCGCGCUAGUGGGUCCGUCGGCGGUUUUGUGGGCAUGCUCGCCAUGGGCCACGCACGCCAUGGAAAAAAGACGAUCGAUGGGCGGGUCUACGAGCAGCAGGGGGCGGGGCCCAAUUAA